UAUUUAUUGUCCUUUGGAAUAUAAAUCUCUCAAAUGGUCUGCUUCUGCUUCCUGGUAGACCAAAGGCGGAAGCUGACGAGCACCAAGCCGGCAGCCGGGACGUGCUCGCGGUGUGGCGCUGGAGCUAGCGUCGGGGACAUGAAAACGAUCACCCGGUUUUGUUAUGUUCCGUUUUAUUGGAAAUCUUGGAGGGCUAUCGUUUGCACAUUCUGUGGAGCUAUUCUUAAAUCUUACAGAUGAAGUUCAAGGACCCUGUUCUGUCUUGGCUUUUCCUUCAGUUCUUGAAGAGAGAAAGUUUGGGGUUCUUUCACGAUGGAAUUGUAAGCUUGUAACCUGAUUUUCUUCAUCUUUUUAAGGCAGUGUAGGUAUUGAAUUUAGUUGCAGCUAGUUAGCUAUUGUUGUUGUUGUCAAAGAGAAAAGUUGGAAACUAUUACUACUUAGUCUUUACUAUUCUUCCUCCUUGUUUUGGAUGGGCUUUUGAGUGACUUUUAAUGGUUUGAAGACCCUGGGGAAAGUGUUGGUUUUUCCAUUGAGUAAGCAAAAAAAUUUCUUAAUGUAAACAAUGCAUGGUUUAUUGUUCUACUCUCUCAUGGCUAAUAAGCUUUGAGAAGGAAGGGAUGGGUUUAUAGCAGUAGCUAAAGAAGAUGUAAAAGAGGCAUAUGGC